AUGGAAAAUAAUAAUUUGACGAUCAUAGAAUACGAGUGGAAAAAUAAUAUUCUGACAGUUUGUGAAAACGAAUUUACUCAUAAUAAAUUGCAGAAUGAUCCGCGUUUUGCGACGCGGUAUUUUGAAAAAUUUUUAAAACCAACUGCCGCCAAAAGCCGAGAUGAGACUAGUGUAGAACAAACGAUUACUUCUGAUGAAGAUACACCCGAUGAAAAUAUUUGGAGUAAACGUUCAAUAAAGCUCUUGCUCAGCGAAUACAAAAGUCGUAUUCACCGAUUCAAUAACCCGUUGAUUAAAAAAAGUAUACUGUGGAAUGAAAUAGCUAAGGUCUUUAGAAGUAAAAAUAUACAUUAUCCUGUACGAAUCAUAAGCAGAAAAUUUUUCAACAUGAAAACAACUUAUUAUAAAAUAAAAAACCAUAAACCGAGAAUAAAAAUGGCGCGUAAGCCCUGGCCGUGGAUUGAAGCGAUGGAAGAAGUUUUGAAAUAUGACGAGUCUAUUAACUUUACAAGUUAUGCGAUUGGAAAUAAAAAUAUUCAAGAUGAGAGUCUUCUGAAAGAAAAAAGCCAGCAGAAAACCUCCAGUAUAAUAAAUAAUACUAACAACAAUAAUAAUAAUGAUAUUAAUACUAUAGAAAUUAAGUCUAAGUUUGAACCUGAUCAGUCUUCAAAUAACAAAAUUAUUACUCCCCGUAAUUCAGAAAAUGAAUUCAAAAGUAAUGAAGAUAUUGUAAAGGACGAUGAUAACUGGGACACAGUAGAUGACACUUCAAAUUUUUCAUCAUCUUCAGGAGUUCAUUCCAACAGUAAUAAAAAUUUAUCAAAAGAAAAUCCUGAGUAUACGCAAAAACUGAUUGAUUUAAAAUCAGAAGAAGUUGAAAUUUUAAAACGCAUUCAUAAAGAUAUUGAUGACAGCCAUUAUUCAAAAAUCGAAGUCAUCAGUCAACUGACAAAUGUAAUUAAAGAACAUACAGCAAUUCUUAAAGAACUAACAGAUGCUUUAAAGCAAAGAUUUAUUGACAAAUAAAUUUAGUUGAUAAGUUUUUUUAUUUUAUCGAAUUAAUAUUUAUUAUAAUCGAUUUUAUUGCAAUUUCACUGCUUGCACGAUUUUAAUGAUUAUUUAUAAAAAUUAAUUUGGCAAACAAAAAAUAACUUUGUAAUUAAAGUCAUUUUUUGUUUAAUUAUAAUGGAGCAUUUAAAAAUUCAAUUGCUUUAUUUUUAAAUUUAUAAUUUUAAGUUAACGUUAUUUAAA